AACCUGAACUUUGGAAGUACCAAACGCCCAACCCCUGACCUUAAUUCCCUCCUUAUUAUCUCCAUCCAGGAGCUGAUAAAUUCCACAAAAUCUCAAUGGCUUCAAAACUCUCUUCUUGUUUAGCUUCUCGUCUAGUUUCCCAUUGCCUUCGUUCUGCCGUCACUGGCGCUGCUGCCGCAACCACCGCUGCUCUAUCCAAAUCUCACCCUUUGAUUUCAGUUUUCCACCACCAAUCGCAGCCAUUAGUAUUUCCCCAUUUCAAUACCAACCAAACUGUUUUCACCCUCAGAUCCUUCUCUACACUCUCCCGGCCUGCACGAUCUCACCGUUCAGCUCGGCCUGAUAUUGCAGCCAAAGCCCGGCAACUCCAAACCCGCCGUCUGUGGACCUAUGCCAUCACAUUCAGCUGCAUAGCAGGAUUCAUAGUAAUAGUCCUUAACCAAUUCCAAGACCAACUUGUAUUCUAUUUAACCCCUACAGAUGCUCUAGCAAAACAUGCUGAAAACCCUACAAGAUCCAAAUUUCGACUUGGUGGAUUAGUACUAGAAAAUAGUGUAACACCAAUACCCAAUUCCCCAGAAAUGGAAUUUGUGAUAACUGAUUUGAUUACUGAUAUUUUGGUUAAGUAUGAUGGGUCAUUACCGGAUCUUUUUCGGGAAGGGCACUCCAUUGUAGUAGAAGGGUUUAUAAAGCCAUUUACUGAAGAGAUGAAGAAGAAAGAGAAUGAAAUCUUGAGUGAGAAAAAGUUACAGCUAACUGAGAAGGCGAGAAGUGGGGAUUGUUACUUUGCAGCUACUGAAGUGUUGGCUAAACACGAUGAGAAGUAUAUGCCUCCUGAAGUUGCAGCUGCACUUGAGAAGAAUAAGCAGUUCCUUAGUCAGAUGGAAGGGAAUGAGGAAGAGGGUGAUGAUGCAGCACCUCCAGCUACAGUGAGGGCGUAAGGCUCGGUCAAUUAUAGAGUAUGGUAAAAAUUCUAAUUGAUUAUUUUCCCGAAAUGAUGGAGUUUUGUUAAAUUUCAAUUAUGAUUAUACUAUUGAAGGAAGUUAGAAAAAUGAAGGGAUAUAUAGUUGGUUUACUGAGGUUAUACAAUGAAUUUUGUUGUCAUAGAUUUUAUGUCCUGUACUAACCCUGAGGAAUGGGGUUUCAGUUUUGAAAUUUUGGAAUAUUUAGUGAAUAAAUGACAGUAAUUAUUUUUUAUGAAA